UAGUUGAGGCUACAGUCGUGUGUUAGAAGCCGUUCGGGAAGGUCUGUGAAGAGCAGUUCAUGCAAGUGCUUUGAGUGAAUUGCUGUCUUCGGUGUCUACUGCGUCUGGGUGAACAGAUCUGAUUUUCUUUGGUGUGGAUUUUGCUGUUCAUAAUACCGAGUGGAAGAAAAAAAAGACAUUGCUACGAAUUUUAGAAUAUUUGAGGUUAUGAGAGAGAGCGAGGGACAAAAAAUAAAUGUGAAAAUGGCGCGCGUUAAUCUACGUUGGUUCUCACUGGUCACCUGCGCAAUUGUACUGACUACUUCGAAAGCAUCCUUCGUCUGGCCCCAGGACUCGCACAUCCUCAGCAGCGAUUCCGAGGGAGCCAACAUCCUCAUCCUGCAUCCGAUCUACGCCGGAAGCCACGAGCUGACCCUCCGGAGAUUCGGGGAGGAAUUGGUCAAGCGAGGUCACAAGGUCACGCAGGUCCGAUGGAAGUGCAGCAAGACCCAGGAGGUCAAUUCGACAGUGGAGGUCGUGACCUUGCGUCCCGACAACCACGACUUGAGGUAUCCUUAUAUGGAGAGCGACGGGACCUUCCAGCCACCGACGUCCAUGCUGUGGCAGAGACCCAGACACAUUUGGCAGAUCCCGAUGGAUGUCUUCGGAUUAAUGGACGCCCAUUGCGAGACGCUCCUCGGGGACGUGGAGCUCGCUCGACGCCUUCGAUCGUCGAACUUCACUCUCGCCCUCGUGGACUUCAUCGCCAACGAAUGCUCCUUAGCCCUGGCCUACCACCUGGGGCUGCCCGUCGUUGGUUUCUGGGGGUUCUCGUUCCAGGGGGGAGAAUCUCGCGCCACGGGAGUGUUCCAGUCACCUGCCUUGGUGCCCAAUCUCCUGAGCGAGGUUGGAGCGACGAUGACGUUUUCCGAACGAGUCUGGAACACCAUAGUCAUGUUAGCUGAGUCAGCCAUGAUGUCUUACCAUUUCAGUCUCAUAGAUUCUCACAUCAAAAAAUUCCUUCCUGCUGUCCCGAAAAGCUACGACCUUCUCGGGGAGGUAGAAGUUAUUCUGGUCCACUCUCACUGGUUGAUUGAUUAUCCGAAGCUCAUGCCUCCUCACGUCCAGUACAUCGGAUGCAUUCAGUGUGGUACUCCAUCUCCGCUACCAAGCCACCUUGAAGAGUGGGUAAGUAAUUCCGGCAGUGCAGGCGUGAUCAUAUUCUCUCUGGGCUUUAGUGGAUAUGAAGCUAGCACCGUUCCCAAGGAGGUCAUGGAUGCCUUCAUCCAGGCCUUUGAAAGGCUACCACAUAGGGUAGUCAUGGGAUUCAACUCAGCUCGUCUAGCCUAUAUCCCACGGAAUGUGAUGGUUCUCGACUGGUUCCCACAACAUGACCUUUUAGGUCACCCAAAAACCCGGCUCUUCGUGACACACUGUGGUCAAAAUGGUGUGAACGAAGCCGUCUUCCACGGCGUCCCAAUGGUGGCCAUGCCUGUCUUCGCUGAUCAGGGCGACAACGCCCGUAGAGUUAAAGAUCGUGGUCUUGGCGUCGUCUUGGAUAAGGCUACGAUCACGGGAGACUUGGCAUACGAAGCUAUAACCGCCGUUCUUAACGACACACGGUACCGAGAAACUGCAGAGCGAUUCUCUUCCCUAUGGCAAGAGGAAGGGGAAUCUGGGGCCGAGAGGGGAGCGAAAUGGUUGGAGAGAGUCCACAGAUAUGGCCGACUCACCCAUCUAAGGAUGCCUGGGGGACAACUCUCUUUGUCUCAGUAUUUCGCUUUAGACGUAUUUUCCUUCUUGCUGGCAGUCUUUUCUGUCCCUUUGGGUCUGGUCUAUUGGUCAUGUUGUAGAAGCAGAACGAAGUUGAAAGUAAAAACUCACUAACGAAACGUAAGCUUCUUGUGUUCGACUGUUCCAUUAUUUUAAUAUCCAUUGUUACAACAUAUUUAUUCAAACGUCAACUUUUUAUAUGAGAUAAAAUCGUGCAUUUCUCUGUCGUACUUCGUUUGAGUGAAUUUCUUUGUGUUAGCUAGUCCAAAACUUGUCAUUUGCUUAAUUUGUUAAGUCAGUCUAGUGGAUUACAGGUGUUUUGAGUGGAGAAAAAUGGCCCAGUGUUAAAUGAAAGUUAUUCUUUCUCGGAGAAAUGAUUCUCGUCACAUAUUCUGUCACUAAUGCAAAGUAGCAGCACGUGGAAAAGAAUAUUCAGGCGCCAAUCUUGGUGAAUAUUCAGUUUAUAUAGACUACAUUUUAAUGCACUGAAUUGUUAUUAUAGGAUAGCAUAACUGCAUGAAUACAAGAUAGGAAAAAAAUUGCAUGCGAGUAAUGUGAAAUAUUGUUUAAGGCUGAAAUGUAUUCUUAGAUUGAUCGUGUAUCCUAUUAAUGUGA